GCCGUCGGGCAGUCGGUCUUCAGCGGGCGCACUCUGUGCUGUACAGUGAUGUGACCCCACUAGAACAACCUCUCGAACGACACUAAUGCUACUGAGACUGUUUCAGUUCCGUUCUGGGCGUUUGAAGGAGACGCUGAGUAGUGAACUAAUGUAACGGCGCCUCCCAUCUGAAGAGAAGACGCCCGCGCGCACUUCACAGCGCAACUUUGCUCGUAGGAUGUGAGUGUACCGCGCGCUUGAUCUGGGGAGAGAGGGAGGGGCUUUCCGGACAGUCACUUCACGGACGAUCUUUGUGAUUUUAAACUGUAUCUAGAUACGUGCACCCUGUUUACAGUCUCGCCGUCACCCCACAGAAGAGAGGGGUGGGGUCAUCAGAGCUCAUUAGCAUUGUAAAGCAACAUGGACUAGAGUAAUGUGCUAAAAACGGAGCUGAUUUUGACAGGGUAAAUUUUAUGGGCAGUUCAGAAAUCAGAGGGCAAAGGCAUGAGUGAAGAUGACCUUAAAAGCAGCCAAAACAUGGAUUUUAAGACUGCUCCCAGUUGUGCUCUUCUUCAUCUGUUACUAUUGCUCCCAGUUCUACUUUGAGAGCUAUGGAGGCAGUGGAAAGUCCCCUCAGCCCACUGUCUCUCUAUGUCACACCUAUCGCAUGAAGAGAAAGUGGGACAGUCUUAAAUUGAACAUGAGCCGGAAGACUGAGCUCUUUCUAAAGCUGGAGGAUUUCUUCUGGAGGGAACAUCUGUCAUCUGAAGCUCUGCCCUACGGUAUUAAAGGCAGCGAGCUCUUGCUUCUGAAGGUUUUGGCAGUGACUCUCAGCUACACAAUGCCAGCUAACAUUGAGAGCAGCUUAGAUUGCAGGACGUGUGCAGUCAUUGGAAACAGCUUUUCCAUAAAAAACAGUUCACUGGGGGAGAUCAUUAACAAAUACAACGUGGUGGUCAGGCUGAAUGACGCCCCGGUGAGAGGCUAUGAGGUGGAUGUUGGUAACAAGACCACGUUACGCCUGUUUUAUCCCGAAUCUGCCUCCUAUAACCCCGGUAUCCACAAUGAGCCGGACACCCUGCAAGUCCUGGUUCCUUUCAAACAGCAUGACCUCCGCUGGCUCAAAGAGAUCCUGUAUGAUGAGAAGAGGGUCCGAAAGGGUUUCUGGAAGCCUCCGCCCCAGAUCUGGCUCGGCCAGGCCAGUCAGAUCCGUGUCCUGGACCCAUAUUUCCUUCGCAUAACAGCCAGCAAGCUGCUUCAGAUUCCCCUGCAACCGCACAGACAACAGAAACCAGUGCAUCCCACAACUGGCAUUCUGGCUGUGUUUGUGGCUCUAAACUACUGUGACGUUGUGCACGUGGCUGGAUUCGGAUACCCAGAGUCCAGGAACCAGAAACAGCCCAUCCACUAUUAUGGAAAGGAGACGAUGAGAUCCAUGAAGAAUUCCUACCACGAUCUCAAUCAAGAGGCUCUGGUGCUUAAGAGACUGGAAGACCAGGGAGCUAUUUUAUAUCUUCAUCCUCAUUCCUGACACCCAACAUGAACACAAAUGAAUAAACACACACAUAAACGCAUGUAAAUAUGGCAUUACAGACAAUAUCUUCACCUUCGUUCUGACUUAGACUGAACUGAGACUUCCAGCUGUCACGCUGCAGAGAUGUUAGAAGUUUCUGCAUUUCUUUGUGAUUCACCAUUUUUUCUCUGACCUCAAGUAUUUAUAAUGAGUGAAUCUUUCCUGCUUAUUGUUUUGUUUCCUUUCGGGAACUUUUUUUUAAGAAAAUAUCACGACUGGAUAUUUUGUGAACUUUAAUAAAAUUAUAUUUUG